AUGUCUUCCUUGACUGGUCUUGUGUUUUUACACAUAUUCAUCGCUACGGUUCACGGGCUAGCGCCUCCUGCCACAAAUCGAGCCAUCAGUGUGCCAUCAUCUUCGACAUCAUUAACUCUUGAUCUUCUCAACUUAACAAGCUCGGCUAAUAAUCUACAACUUGUCAACACCACCGCCAAUGAGAACAUCAAAUGCGAUGGGAAGUAUUGGGGGUAUCAUCUGAACAAGGCGAGCUGUGAAGAGGCUUGGGAUAAAAUGCCUACGGAUAACCAGUUCGUCUCUUUCGGCGCGCGACGAAUGGGCCACUUUGAGCGUCCCUUGCCGUAUCGUUACCUCAGCGAUGAUGGUCUCUGUGCUAUCGAUAUCGAUCAUAUGAUUAAGGUGGUUUUGGAUACUGCAACGAACCACGAAAUCUCGGCGGCCGCGAAAUCGAUCCUGGAUAAAUGUGUUUUAAGAGACGAACCCAAAAAACAAGGUAACACUCCAAUCGGUGGCUAUCGCAAUUACAUAGGAAGAAAGAAGGGACUCGAACUUGAGGACGAGACAAUUUGCACUAAACUGUUGGGAACCAUGCCGAUCAAUCGAUCCUCCUAUGUCUUUAUCAGGGAGAAAACAAGUGGGCCAAGAAGCGUGAUUAUUCCGUGGGGUGGCAGGAAAAUAUCAAGCGGUACGCACGCGUCUUAUCCUGCCAGUCUCAGACUUCUGCAAAAAGCUUCCUCUUCUCCGUGCUCGCUAGCGACGAUUGUUCUCCUGACAGUUCCAGGAACGUGCAUUGCAACCAUCGAUUUCGAGGAGGGGGACACGGACAAGAGCUCUUGGUACGAGAUGUGGAUGGCAGCUGUGGCUGUCAAUGAGAUGUGUGUUACGAAAGGUAAAGCCGGCGCUGCAUUUGGCCUAGGUAAGUCGAUCCUCUCCACUCUGUCGAAGAAUGACUGUCGGCGUGCUGAGGUGCCGUAG